GCGUGUCGAGGCGAGCACGCGCUCCUCCCUGCAAGCUGCGGCGACGAGUCCUCCUCCGCCGUCCGGUCGCGCCCUCGCGGAAGCUCGGCAGUGCGCGUGCGCCCGCACCCGCACUCCAAAUUAGAAAGGGGACGUCUAGUGGGUUGCCCGGGAGGGGUGGCGGAAGCGGUCCCGGAAAUAAUCUGUCCUCUGUCGCCGGGAACUGGCGAGGUAGUUCCUUCGCGGUGGAGAGGUACGUCCGGCGCGCGGCGGCCACGCCCACCCUAUCGGGGCCCGCGGAGCCGCGGACGGCGGGGUCUGGCCUUCUUGGGGUAGCUCUGGCCGCCGAGGCUCUGCGGGGCGGCGGGAGUCGCCGCCUCCUUCCCCCCGGGCCCCUCCCUCGUCUGGAAGCCCCAGAAUCGCCCCGCGGCUGUCCGGAGUCGCCGGCGACGGUGGAGGGGCCGACGCGGAGAGCGGCUCUAGACCUGGAAUGGCCAAAUAUCAAGGUGAAGUUCAAAGUUUGAAACUGGAUGAUGAUUCAGUUAUAGAAGGAGUAAGCGACCAAGUACUUGUGGCAGUUGUGGUCAGUUUCGCUUUGAUUGCUACCCUGGUAUAUGCACUUUUCAGAAAUGUACAUCAAAACAUUCACCCAGAAAACCAGGAGCUAGUAAGGGUACUUCGAGAACAGCUUCAAACAGAACAGGAUGCACCUGCUGCCGCUCGACAGCAGUUCUACACUGACAUGUACUGUCCCAUCUGCCUGCACCAAGCCUCCUUCCCGGUGGAGACCAACUGUGGACAUCUUUUUUGUGGUGCCUGCAUUGUUGCUUACUGGCGAUAUGGUUCAUGGCUUGGGGCAAUCAGUUGUCCAAUCUGUAGACAAACGGUAACCUUACUCCUAACAGUAUUUGGUGAAGAUGAUCAGUCUCAGGAUGUUGUGAGAUUGCAUCAGGAUAUUAAUGAUUAUAACCGGAGAUUCUCAGGGCAACCCAGAUCUAUUAUGGAGAGAAUUAUGGAUCUACCCACUUUACUGAGGCAUGCAUUCAGGGAAAUGUUUUCAGUCGGGGGCCUUUUCUGGAUGUUUCGCAUCAGGAUAAUACUUUGUUUAAUGGGAGCUUUUUUCUAUCUUAUAUCACCUCUAGAUUUUGUACCUGAAGCCUUGUUUGGAAUUCUAGGCUUUCUAGAUGAUUUCUUUGUCAUCUUUUUAUUGCUUAUCUACAUCUCUAUUAUGUAUCGAGAAGUGAUAACCCAAAGGCUAACUAGAUGAAAAAGAAAACAAAACUGAGUUUACUAGGAUAUCUGAGCUAAUGUAGAACAUCAAACAGAAGGACCCAUGGCAGUAUAAAGCAAUGAAGCAAUGGAGUAUUAUCUCACAAAUAUAAAACCACUAUAAGACAAACAUUUGAUUAUCACUUGACAAAUACCUAGGUAUAACUGGAAUUUUCAUGUUUGAAGUUCUAAUAUUAAGUUUAGAAUUAUAAUGAUCUACAGUUGUAUCUUGAUUCUAUGUUGUCUGGAAAAAAUAUGGAAUUAUAUAAAAAGGGAUGCUUUUAUAUAUUUUUCUUUUCCCCAGAAUUACUUAGAUUAAUUAGAUGUAUAGUAAAAUAUUGUUAAAUGUCAGUUUAUCCAUCUUAUCCUUCUCAGCAGGUACCUAUAUGAUAAUAUAUAGCUGUGAAACUCAUCUAAAUAUUUUUGUUACAAUAAAAUAUUAUAUACUAUUGGGGAAAAUUCAGUAUUUCUUUUAGUGCUAGCUAAGUUUUGUGCAUUUGGAGCAGUUCUGCUUUUUCAUUCUGGUAUAAUUAAUUAUUUGCUAUCAGCUGAAACUGAAAGAAGAAACUUGAACUUCAUACUUCGAUACCAUAUUCUAGUUUACAGAACAUAUUUUAAUCAAUAGAAGAAUUAAGAUGAAAAACAUGGCCGGGCGGGGUGGCUCAUGCCUGUAAUCCUAGCACUUUGGGAGGCUGAGGCGGGUAGAUCACAAGGUCAGGAGAUCAGGACCAUCCUGGCUAACAUGGUGAAACCCCGUCUCUACUAAAAAUACAAAAAAUUAGCCAGGCGUGGUGGCAGGCGCCUGUAGUCCCAGCUACUCGGGAGGCUGAGGCAGAAGAAUGGCGUAAACCCAGGAGGUGGAUUGCGCCACUGCACUCCAGCCUGGGCAACAGAGUGAGACUCCCUCUCAAAAAAAAAAAAAAAAAAAAAAAAGAUGAAAAACAUUUAUCUCCAGUCAGCACACUUGAUGUUCACAGACAUUUAAACAAGAGCUCAUCCUUUCGUAGUAGAUAUAAAAGUAAUUUGUAAAGGGAAGAUUGUUUUAGGAACCUGGGCAAUGCUGCAAACACAGUAGCCUGAUGCAUUUCUGAGGAAGGUGAAUCUUCGUGUCUUUGAGCAUCAAGCCAAUAGGAAGGUACUGGGAACGGUAUUUACAUUUGACAAAAGAAAUUACUGGUUAGCUAUAGCAACAGAUUGGACAAAUUUGGUUAGUUUUCUGUUGUCAGAAAUUUUUAUAAUACUGUCUCAGGAUGGCAGCACACAGCUCAGAUUCAUGUCUUGAGCCAAACAAGUGAAUGUAUCUGAGAAGACUCAGUACCACAUGGUACUGGGAGAUCUUACUCACUUCAGCUGGCGUUGCUCAUUAGUGAAUGUAUGACAGCAGGAUGUGAGGGGAUGCCCAGGAGUCAGUGUUAGCAUUGUCAUCUGAGAUCACUGCUAUUAAUAUCAUCCAUUAAUUUAUUAGUGAGCUUCACUAUAUGCAGACUGGGAGAUAAGGAGAAAAUCUGUCACAUUCUCUCCAGCUAAUCAGAUCAGCUACUAAUUAAUGAGAUUCUGAAUGAAAUAUCAAUAUGUGUUUUUCUAAUUUGGACCUAGGACAGAGCUGUUGCUUGUCAUAGAGAAAAACAAUAAUGCUUAAACAUAGCACAUUAUAAUUAAAGCAGGUUUCUCACAUACUUUUCAUUUUAUCCUUUGGAUAAUUUUGUGAGGAACGCAGGACACCAACUUCCCUUUCAUAGAUACAAUCCCCAUGCUAUUGAUGAAAGUGUUUUUGAAUGAAGUCAUACAACAAAUAACUGAUCAAAGUGGCAUUAAACCAAAAUUUCUUAGUAGGACUCCUGCAUAGAAUGUUUAGAUAGACGUGAAAGUUGUUAAGAGGAACAGCAAGAGAGAAACUGGUUCUUUGGAAGUCUUUCGUGCUACAUUAUACCUCCAUCAGAGUAAGACAGCUUAGGCACUCCUAAGAGGAAAGGUCUGUGGAGAUGACAUGAAUCCGAAUUCUACACUUCCAAAUCAAAUAGGUAAAAGGGUGGCAUACAUCACAGAAAAACAUUUCAGCUGCAGUCACCAACUUGAAAAGCGAGUGAGUAGGAGUUUGUCACACUGCCAUGUACCAGACUGGAAAUGCAUUUCCUACCAAUUACACAUUUGGUGUGGGGGAAUGGUGAUGUCAUUUUUUGACAGGAUUUUAUUUUGUGUGCAUGCGUUCUGCUCCAAGUGUCACAAUUCUGGUUACAAUAAUUAUAAUAUUUGGAGUUACUACUAAGACUUUCCUGAAAGAGGUGUAUUGUACCAAAUUUUGUAACAUAAAAAAAUACUAAAUGAUCUUAAAGCUUCCUAAAUUGUGAAAAGGGUAUGUGCUAACAUCUCAGAACUUUAGACCUGCUUGUUGUCAUCUUUACCGAUCUCUUGAUGAUAAAUGCAGAAGGGAUCUGAGAGUUUUUAAAGCAAGUAGAGUCAAUCAGAGUUUUGAACAUCAUAGUAAUACUUCCGUGAUUCAGAGUUAGAUCAUAUAAAUCAAAGUAACAAUUUGGAUUUUUUUUAAACAACAAUAUCAUAACUGUCAUAAAACAGAUGGUCCAACCCCAGGAGCAGAUAAUAACUUGGGCAGCUCUGUGGGGAACAAGAUGGGGAAAACAACUGUUCUAACUGCCCACUAGAACAGUGGUUUCAACUACUACAAUUCUCAGUGUUUGAGAGGUACAAGGGAAGAAAGGACUAUGUGGAUCCCUUGUGGCUAUGCAGAUACCUACCUCACAGAGUUGUUGUAGAAGACUGGUGGUUUGGUUCAAACCUUGUGAUUAAAGAGUUUGUCAAGCAUUUUAUUCUUUUGAAUAAAAGCAACAUAUCUAAAACA